UUCGCCCGAUAAACAUAUAUUUAACAACGGUUCGGUAUAUUAACACUGUUCCCAACAAAGAAAAAAGAAAAUAGCUACAAUUCCAUUUGUUUUCAAUCAAUCUAUUAUUUUUGGAAUUGGAAGAAUUGAAAAUUAUCAAACGGAAAAGUUUACGUAAAAAGAGCAUUGUUAUAUAGAAGCGAUCAAAUUAAGAAUUUAUAAGCAAAAUUCUAAGCAAUAGUGAAUAAAUUCACCAGCAAAGAAAAAAUUCAGGCAUCGUAAAACCGAAAAAUCGAUUUAAGGGGGACAAAUAGGAGGAGUACAAUCGCAUAUAUACUAGGCGAAAUAUUGGUUAAGGAAGCUCACAAUUGUAUUUCGUGCAUCAAUAAUAGAAAACCGAUUUUGCUGAAAAAUAAUAAAUAUAUACUUAAACCACAGUUUAGAUCAUAAAAAUGGCUGACGUUGAAUCAAGUGCUGUCGUGCAGCAACCACCUACAAACGCUAAUAGCAUGAACCUAAAUUCUAUCCCUCUAUUGGCAUCCGCCGAGUUACUCGGUGAAAGUAAUAGUGCCCAAGUAAGUCUCCAACAACAGCAGCAAUCACAGCCUAUUGCUGGUGCUAUUGGUGGAGGAAAUGGUGGUAGCGCUGGCACUUCCUCAAAUUCGGUCAGCAAUGCCAGCUCUAUAGCAUUGGAUGUUGCUUCUAGUGAAAAUUCAAGUCUGGUCAAUAGUGGAGUGAUUGGGAGUGGAGUGGGUGGUGGCAAUCCAUCGAGUGUUGGUGGGGGUAAAAUAGACUCCGGUGAGCCACCAUCUAAGAAACAAAUGCUCGACCAUCCGAGCACAUCUGCGGGUAGUGGGAAUAGUGCUUCGCAACAUGAAAAACUCGAGUACCGUCUGGGAGGGAUUUUAUGUUGUGCUGUUUGCUUGGAUUUGCCUAAGACAGCAAUGUAUCAGUGUCAAAUGGGACAUUUAAUGUGUGCUGCUUGUUUUACACAUUUACUCGCAGAUGGACGUUUGCGUGAUCAAAUUGCCACCUGUCCAAACUGUCGUGUGGAGAUUUCGAAGAGCACAGCAUCGCGUAAUUUGGCCGUGGAGAAAGCCGCCUCUGAGUUGCCCAGCGAAUGUCAAUUUUGCAACAAAGAGUUCCCAUACAAGUCGCUAGAUCGCCAUGAACAGUAUGAAUGUCAAGAACGGCCAACAAAUUGCAAAUAUUCACGAAUUGGUUGUCAAUGGCGUGGACCGAAUCAUGAAACUAACGAACAUGAGCGCAACUGCUUGCAUCCCACCAAAUCUGGUUAUGAAGUAAUGGCUGCAUUGGAAGCACACGACGCUAGAAUUAAAGAGGAAAAGAAAAUGUUUAAUACAUUAAUCGAUUUGUUGAGUUAUGAGAAAAUUAUAUUUAACGAUUUGCAAAUGAAGCCGUAUCGUACCGAUGAGUAUGUACACAAAUUGUUUUAUGAGACGGCCAGAUUUACGGCAUUCAACCAGCAGUGGGUGGUGAAGGCUCGCAUUAAUAAUAGCCAACGUGAUCCACAUCAAUCCAAUGAGCGCACCAUAACCUAUCAGCUUAUCUUGAAAACAAAAACCACCACACCAAUGAGUAUUCACUUUUUUGCUUUAAAAGGACCUUUUUCUGAUAUGAAAGUGUCCACUCAAAUUUACAAGCAUGAAUUCACGGACCAAAGCAGUGAAAGUGAUUACUAUAUACUACCACUGCCGGAUAGUUCCGAAUGCAAUAGGCUAUUAUCCAAUAAAGGAAUCAAUUUCCGCCUUUUGAUGUUUUUACUGAAUAAAUAAAUGUUUUAUGGGUUUAUUUAUAAUUACGAGAGAUAUAUACAUAUACAUUUAUAUAUAUAAAUAUAUAUAUAUAUAUAUUUUCCAUUAAAGCAUCAAUAAUUCUUCAUAGUUUAAGUUAUGAUUAUAUAAUUCGUUUGUAAUGCUUAACAAUAAUUUCAUUAAAUCCGCAUCGGUGCUUAGUGGGUAAGAAAAAUUGGCGAAGCACGUUUCCAAUAAUGUUAGUCCUUCAAUCGUUUGGUUUUAUACUACAUGCUUAUACAUACAUAUAUUUAUAUACAUAUAUAAGUAUGUACGUAUGCACGAAUGUAUAACAUAACUACAAAAACAUGUAUUUCUCUAGCAACUUAAACAUUAAAAUUAUAAAUAAUUUUAAGUAAAAAGUGAAGUUUAUAUUUACACAUACAAAAACAAACGGACAACAUGUUAAAUGAUAUCGAACAUGGCUAAAAAGAACUAUAUAGUAAAUUGGUAAUGAAAACAAUAUUUAUUUGGCGUCAACUCAAGCGUCGAAAGUGAUUUGGGGAAUAAUGUCUUCACAAUUUUCCAGGUAAUAAUUAUGCCUUUUUAAGCAAUCAAUCUUAUGUGACAAUUGAGUUGUAUGUCACCACAAACAUUUAUUAAAAUAUUUUGAACGUGUAAUAUUAAUUUGAAUUUACAAUUUAUCCAAUCACGUAUAUUAGUUUUUAACAAUUCAUAAUACAUUUACAACAAUAUUACAUACACUAAACACAAGUCUCGCUGUCGUUUGAUUCAAUUAUAAACAUAAAUGGGGUAAAUUUAAUAUUUCUAAGGAUCUCAAACAUUACGAAAAUAAAAAAUAAAAAAAUUAAAACCAGAAUAUAAGAAAUAAUACCUAUAAUGUAUAAUUGCAAAUAUUAAUCUAUUAAUAAAAUAAAUAGCAAAACAAUUGUGUCGAUGUACCAAAUAAAUAUUAAUUUAUACAUAAUACAUAAACACAGACAAGUAAUAAAUACUUUCCUCAUACAUGCAAACAUAGAUCAAUGUACUGUAGAUUGUAUACUACAGCGCUUACGUAUAUAUAUUAAUAAAUAAAUGUACCACAUACAAAUUUACUUUUUAAUGCUUCUACUAAAUCAAUAAGGACAACCGUGUCUAAUAGUCACGUCACUGUAAGAGCCAACACCACUUGAUAUGUUAUAUAAUGACAAAUGACACAUCGAAUACUAAAACAUUGUUAAACAAUCUGUUGAACAAUUAGCAAUUAUACCCUCAUUUAACUAUGUAUUUAAAAAAUCAAACGAACUAAAACCUGUCACGCACCUAAAUCGACUUUUUAAGGCAGACCUACUAAUUCGAUUAACUAGCAGCAGGUCUCUAAAAUUAAAGUUGGAACACCUUACAUUUCAUAUUUUAUUGGAAUUUUAAUUAAAACAUAAUUUAAAGUUUUUCAGUUGAAAAUAUUAGCAUAUAUAUGUACAUACAUGCUUAUAUUAUUUUCUUAACGCCGAUUUUUUCAUUAAUUCUACUGUGUGGUUAAUUAACCUACAUAUACUCAGAAUAUGUUUUACUGUUAUUUUUUUUACCCCAGUUUUUGUAUAAUUUCACAAAACUAAACACAUACAUUUACAUGACGUAACAUAUAAGUGUACAUGAUACAUACCUCUCUUUAGAUUCAAAAGGUUUAAUUUUUUAAAACAACUUGUUUCUUUUUUAAAUAAAAUUAAGUUAAAAAAAUCUUUCAACCAAAAAAAAAACUUAGAUUAGUGAAUAAUGAUCUAAGUUUGCAACUUUUUUCAAAAGUUUCGUGUAAUUACCUUAUUGGUUAUUUAGUACGUACAGCGCUUAAAAAUGCCAUAUCUGCUGGUACGAUUGAUUACUGAAAAAUUAUAAAUACAACCUAAGUGAUAAAAACAAUUAAUUUUUCUAAAUUUACACAAGAGCAUACACACAUCCAUACUAAAUUACGUUCAAUAUGCUUGUAGAUCUAAAAUAGUUAAGAAAAAUUACUUGGCUCAUGUAAAAAUGAAGUGAAAUCCAAAUAAAUGAUAAAAACCA